GCUAGCUUUUGAAUUUGGCGUAUCAAAUGAAGUAACUCAAUCAUUGGUGGGACCCUAUCAGGAAGACCCCGUCACGAUGGACAUCAUCCGCAAACUUCAGGCAAAAGACAAGGCCACAGAAAGUGAGUUUGUGAUGGUGGAUGGGCUAAUCUAUCUUGAUAAGGCCGGAGUAAAGAGAUUGGUAGUUCCAUCUAGUGAACAGUUGCGUAGUUUAUUUUUAGGCGAAUGUCAUGACGCAACUGGGCACUUUGGCUACAAGAAGACGAGUGCUAACUUAGUACAACGAUUUUGGUGGCCCAGAAUGUUAGAUGAGGCAAAGAAGUAUGUUGAGACCUGUCAAGUCUGUCAGCGGGACAAGCCGCGAACUCAAGCGCCGCUUGGGUUAUUGAAGCCUUUACCUAUUCCUUAUGGUCCAGGAUUGAGUGUUUCCAUGGAUUUCAUGGACACUCUUGUGACCAGCAAGAGUGGUAAGAGGCACAUUUUCGUCAUCAUUGACAGAUUCACCAAGUACGCUAGACUAAUACCAAUGYCAGAGACAGCCAGGACGGAAUAUGUCAUCAAGUUGUUCAAGGACAACUGGGUAAGGGACUUUGGUUUACCAAAGACCAUCAUUAGUGACCGAGACGUCCGAUUCACAAGUGAGUUGUGGAAGAGGACUGCGGAACAGAUGGGCAGUCAACUUCAGAUGACUUCAGGGAAUCAUCCCGAAGCCAACGGACAGGCCGAACAAAUGAAUAGAGUUGUACAGCACUUGCUGAGGCACUACAUCAAGCCCAGCCAGGAUGACUGGGAUGAGCAGUUACCUCUCAUCGCCAGCCUGUACAACAAUGCUAUACAUAGUAGUACCGGCGUUAGUCCUAACCAGCUGCACUUAGGAUGGAAGCCUAGAUCAGCAUUAGACUUCCUCCUACCUGAAAACCGACCCGCUGCAACUCCAGGCACACUUGAAUACGGUGUGCAAUACGAGAAAUUGUUGCAAGAGGCUGUUGAACAUAUGAAGAAGGCUCAGCAAGCUAUGAUUGCUUCUGAGAAUCAACAUCGCAGACAGUCCACAUUUCAGGUAGGGGAACGUGUCUGGGUCAAGGCUAGCGAGCUAGGACAGGAAUUCGGAAUCUCUCGCAAACUAAUGCCUCAGUACUUUGGUCCCUGGGAAGUCUUGGAUGUAGUGGGAGAUGAGUUUGUGGAGGGUUCAGAGUUUGACGGUGAGGAGAGUGUUGAGGGUAGCAACCUCGCCGCCGCCUUAGAGGACCUUCAAGGUGAGUGGUCGGCAAGGGACCCUCAUGAGUCCUGGGUGGCACUAAGUAGAGGUCCUAGAGUGGAGCACUUCGUUGUGGAAGUUGAUGUGGGCGGUAGCAAGUGCGGCGCCUUCGUAGACAUUGGCUCCACACGAAACUUCAUAAGUGGCGACUGCGUUGACAGACUGUGCCUAAAGGACCGGGUGCAGCGCCUUAGUAGACCGGUAGCAUCUACUUUGGCCAACAAAGAGCGCAUGAUCGUGGAGGACUACGUUAAAGAUAUUGUCUGCACCUUCUCCUACCCAGGAGGAGAAAUAAACCACAAGAUAUCAUUCCUGGUGAGUGACGAGUUGCCCUUUGACAUGUUAUUGGGCAUGUACUACCUCGAGGUUGCCAAGCCCCAGUUUGACUGGGACAAGAAGGUGUUGAAGCACGAGUUGCCUAGUGGGAGAACCGUGAGACUGGCCAAGUACAAAGUCGGUAGGUUAGUAGACUCCUAUGGGUGCUUAUGCGCAUCUGCCUUUUAUAAUUAUUAUAAACAGAACCAAGAGGAAGGAAUGUACUUAGUCUAUGUCUCUGCAAAAAGGGAGGCCGUUAAAACACCCCCAGAGAUAGAGACCAUCAUCGCUAAGUACCCAGAUCUGUUUGAGGAGCCUACAGGAGUCGUAGACAGGGAGAUUGUCCAUGCCAUAGAGAUUAUCCCAGGUAGUAAAACACCAAAGGGUAGAAUCUAUAGGAUGGCUCCAGCCGAGUUGGACGAACUUCAGCGGCAACUGAAAGAGCUCACAGAGAAGGGUUGGAUCCGGCCUAGCACUUCCCCCUUUGGCUCACCAGUAUUGUUUGUUCCAAAGAAAGGGGGAACACUAAGGAUGUGCAUUGGUUAUAGAGGCCUCAAUGCCAUCACCGUUAAGAACGCAGAGCCUCUACCACGCAUCGACGACCUAUUGGAUACGGUGCAGGGGUCCUACAAGGAAGAUCCCAUCACGAUGGACAUCAUCAACAAAAUACAGGCUAAAGAUAAGGCCACCACUGAUGAGUUUGUGAUGGUGGAUGGGUUGCUCUUUCUUGAGAAGGCAGGGUUCAAGAGGUUAGUUGUUCCAUCUAGAGAGACUUUGCGUAGUUUAUUUUUAGGUGAGUGCCACGACGCAAUGGGACACUUCGGCUAUAAGAAGACGAGUGCUAAUUUAGUACAGCGAUUCUGGUGGCCCAACAUGCUUGACGAUGUGAAGAAGUACGCGGAGACCUAUCAGGUAUGUCAGCGGGACAAGCCGCAGACUCAAGCACGGCUUGGGUUACGCAAGCCUUUACCCAUUCCUGCUGGCCCUGGGCAGAGUAUAUCCAUGGACUUCAUGGAUACUCUUGUGACCAGCAAGAACGGCAAGAGGCACAUCUUCGUUAUAGUGGAUAGGUUCACUAAGUACGCUAGACUAAUCGCCAUGCCAGAGACUGCGAGGACUGAGCACGUCAUCCAGUUGUUCAUGGACAACUGGGUGCGUGAUUUUGGAUUGCCUAAGACUAUUGUUAGUGAUAAAGAUGUCCGUUUCUCUAGUGAGAUGUGGAAGCUUCAGAUGACUUCUGGGAAUCAUCCCGAAGCAAAUGGACAGGUUGAACAGAUGAACCGAGUGGUGCAGCAUCUGUUGAGGCAUUACAUCAAGCCCAACCAGGAUGACUGGGAUGAGAAGUUACCUCUCAUCGCCAGUCUGUACAACAACGCUGUACACAGCACCAUCGGUGUCAGUCCUAACCAACUACAUCUGGGAUGGAAGCCUAUAUCUGCUCUAGACUUCCUCCUGCCUGAAAAUCGAACGGUUGCAACUCCUGGAACCAUCGAAUUUGGUGUCUAGUAUGAGAAACUGCUGCAGCAGACUGUCGAACACAUUAAGCAAUCUCAGGAGGUCAUGAUUGCUUCUGAGAACAAG